AUGGCCCAGAUUCCCAUGAUAUCGGUGCCUCUCAAGGCCACCAACGAGAUCGACUGGAUACACCCUCUGAAACACUACAUACAGCAUACCUAUGGCGACGACCCCGAGAGAUAUGCUGAGGAGUGCGCCACCCUGAACCGCCUCAGGCAGGACAUGAGGGGUGCCGGGAAGGACAGCACUGCCGGGAGGGAUCUGCUCUACCGAUACUAUGGCCAGCUUGAACUGCUCGACUUGCGCUUCCCCGUCGACGAACAGCACAUCAAGAUUUCGUUCACGUGGUUCGACGCCUUUACACACAAGCCUACCUCCCAGUACUCCCUGGCCUUCGAAAAAGCCUCCAUCAUAUUCAACAUCUCCGCCGUCCUGUCCUGCCAUGCCGCGAACCAGCCCAGGUCUGAGGAGACGGGCUUGAAGACCGCCUACCAUUCCUUCCAGGCCUCCGCCGGCAUGUUCAGCUACAUCAACGAGAACUUUCUCCACGCGCCGUCAGUCGAUCUGAGCCGCGAUACCGUCAAGACCCUCAUCGCAAUCACCCUUGCCCAGGCUCAGGAGGUGUUCUUGGAGAAGCAGAUAGCCGACCAGAAGAAGGUUGGGCUCUUGGCCAAGCUUGCCAGUCAAGCAGGCACAUUGUACAGCCAGUCUAUUGAGGGCGUUCAGGAAAAUGUCACCAAGGCAAUCUUCGAGAAAGUUUGGCUUCUGAUGGUCCAGAUCAAAGCCAACCUCCUGAAUUCCAUGGCCCAGUACUAUCAGGCUUUGGCAGAUGACGAUGCUAACGCCCAUGGUGUUGCUGUCGGAAGACUUCAAGCUGCCGAGACCCUGGCAAAGGAGGCCAACAAAGGCGCCUCGAGCUUUCCUGGGUUCGUCCCACCAAGCUCGAAUCUACAAGCGGACUGUGGCAGCCUUCUUGCGGAGCACACGAAGAGGCAUCUUUCGACUGUCCAGGAGAGACUGAAGGAACUGGCCAAGGACAACGACUACAUCUACCACCAAAAUGUUCCCCCAGAGGCUAGCCUGGCUCCUGUGGCCAAACUGCCUGCUGCCAAGCCCAUACCUGUCUCAGAGCUCUACGCUGGCCAGGAUAUCCAACGAAUAACUGGCCCGGACCUGUUUUCGAAGAUCGUGCCGAUGGCUGUGACAGAAUCCGCGAGUCUUUAUGACGAGGAGAAGGCGAAAUUGAUCAGGGCCGAGACGGAACGUGUUGAUUUGGCAAAUAGCGAGAUGGCUGCGAGCCUGGACUACCUGAGGCUCCCAGGGGCAUUGCAGGUGCUCAAAGGCGGCUUUGAUCAAGACAUACUCCCGGACGAGGACUUUCGCACAUGGUGUGACGACGUUGCAGGACAUGAGAACCCACUCAUGAUCUUCGAAACCUUGAGAUCCGAGAGAGACUCCACAAUUUCCACACUAGAUAAAUGCUCACAGCAGCUGGACAUGGAGGAGGGCGUCUGCGAAAAAAUGCGUUCGAAGUACGAGAGUGAGUGGACACAACAACCCAGUGGACGACUGACUACAACACUGAGGAGCGACAUCCGGAAUUACCGCGAGGCGUUGAGUCAGGCAUCAAGGAGUGACGCACAGCUUGCUUCAAAGCUCGGACAGAAUCAAGACGUCUUCGACGAGAUGCGUUCUGCGGCUCAGCAUGGUGAAGUCGACGCAUUGUUCCAAAAGGUCGUGAGCAAAGUGCGCGGGAAAUCAAGUGGCGUGGGAAGCCCUGCAACGGAGCCGAACCUUCUUGACGCGGAUUUCGAUGACAGUGGGCCGAGUGUUAUGGAUCAGAUCAAAAAGGUCGAGGAGACCUUGAAGAAGCUGAACUUGAUCAAGAGGGAGCGAAACCAGGUCCUCAAGGAUCUCAAAGAAAAGGUCCACAACGACGACAUCUCCCAAAUUCUCAUUUUGAACAAGAAGUCGAUAGCGAAUUAUGAGACUCAGCUCUUUCAACAAGAACUUGAAAAGUUCCGGCCGCACCAGACACGCCUGCUUCAAGCCAACCACAAACAGUCAGCUCUGAUGAAAGAGCUCUCUAUGACUUUCAACAAUCUGCUGCAGGACAAGCGCGUCAGGUCAGAGCAGAGCAAGUACGAGGCUAUUCAGAGGCAGCGGGCCUCGGUGGUGGGCAAGUACAAGCGAGCAUACCAGGAGUUCUUGGAUCUCGAAGCAGGCCUACAAAGCGCGAAGAGAUGGUAUGCAGAGAUGAAGGAGACAGUUGAGAGCCUCGAGAAAAAUGUGGAGUCCUUUGUCAACAACCGCCGUGCUGAAGGCGCCCAGCUCUUGAACCAGAUCGAGCAGGAGCGCGCUGCCAACAAGAGCGCGCAAGCUUCGCUUGAACAGGAACGCCUCCGCGGCCUGAUGGAAAGGAUGUCCAUGGAGCCCCCCUCAUCUCCACCGAACGCGGCAGAUUCGGCGAGACCUACGCCGUCGCCACUGAAUUUCAGCAACAAUGUUCCAAGAUACCCGCAGACGAACUUUGCCGGCCAGUAUCAAGUGCCGACGUCGCCCCCACCUUCUCAAACGCAAAUGCCCCAAUACCAGAGCGCCUACAACCCAAGCACAUACGGGCGAACACCUGGGCCGACCUCGCCGCCACCGACACAAACGAGUUUUGGAUCGGUCGGUGGAAUGCGCCCAGGGCCUGCGUCACCACCUCCAACGCAAACCAGCUUUGGACAGUCUUCAAGACCAUUCAGCACCUAUGGAAAUCCUCAUGCAGCCACGCCGUCGCAGAGUUAUGUCCCCCCGGGAUUCGUACCGCCUCCGCCCCCGCCCGGGCCGCCGCCACUUGGUCCCCAGCAGACUGUCCACUACGGAGCGAGCAAUUAUGGAUACCCGGCGCAGCAGCCAAGUUCACAACAGCAACCACAGAGCCAAGCAGACCCAUGGGCUGGCCUGAAUGCGUGGAAGUAG